CCCUCGGCGCAUCGCGUCAGCCACGCCGUCCAGCGGGACUUUGAGCAGCGGGAGCCCUACAACUACCUCCAGGUGGCCUUCUUCCAGCUGAAGAAGCUGGAUCAAGCCGUAUCCGCAGCUCACACGUUCUUUGUCGCAAAUCCCCAGCACCUCCAGAUGCGUGAGGACAUAGAGAAAUACCGCCGUAUGUCAGGAGUGAAAUCAGACAGCUUCCGGGAUCUGGAGGCCACACCACUCUGGGAGGCGUAUGAGGCUGGGGUGCAGCACUACGAUGCAGAUGAGUACCUGCAGGCUGUGGCCAGGCUGGAGGAAUCACUCAGAGAGGCGCUCUCAGCACUGGAAGAGUGUCGUGCCCUUUGUGAAGGACCUUGGGAGGAGGAGGAGGAGGAGGUGGAGGAGGAGGUGGAGGAGGAGGUGGAGGAAGAGGAGAAGGAGAUGCAGCCUGGCCUCUAUGAAGCAAUUGCAGCCCAUUAUGUCCAGGUCUUGAAGUGCAGACAGCAAUGUGUGCUUGAAAUUGCCACAAAGCCGGGGCGGAUUUCGGCCACAGAAGACUUCAUACCCUCCCAUCUUGAUUUAUUGCAGUUUGCCUACGAUCAAGUUGGAAACCAGACAAUGGCUGCUGAAUGUGCUGCUUCCUACUUGCUCUUCUAUCCCAUGGAUGAGCCAAUGUUGGAGAAAAUGAAUCAGUAUCGCACAGAACUGGGGGAGGACACAGCUAUCACAGCCAGAGAGAAUAUUCAGCAUUACGUGCAGAGAUCUCUGAUGGAGAAGAAGUUGAUUUACUAUGCAGUGGAGCAUCUAGGAGGAACUUUUAAUGACCCUGAUCUUUGGACUCCAGAUGAGCUUAUUCCUGAAAAAGUAAAGGAGCAACACAGAGAGGAUCAGGAGAAGCAAAAGCAGGAGACUCUGGAUGUGGAAGAGAGGGAGAAGAGGGGUUCUUUGCCUUUUGAUGGUGUCACUGUUACCAUGGACUCCCGUCAGAUGAAUGGAACCCAGAGGGUUGUGUUUGACCAAGUCCUGACAGAGUCUGAGUGUAGGGAUCUUCUCCGGCUGACAAAGGCAGCUGGAGGAACUGGAGAUGGCUACCGGGGAAGACGGUCCCCUCACACGCCACACGAGAGAUUUGAAGGGUUAACUGUUCUGAAGGCCAUGCAGCUGGCCCAGAAUGGCGAUGUGGACUGGAAAGAUGCCAAAUUGCUUCUGCAGGCCAGUGAGAAAUCCCGGAAAAUUAUAGAGUCCUAUUUUACCCCUGGGAAGAAGCUCCAUUUCUCAUUCACACACCUUGUAUGCCGCACAGCUGUGGAGGGGGAACAGGAAGGCCGCAUGGAUCUCAGUCACCCAGUCCAUGCUGACAACUGUCUCUUGGAUCCUGAAGGGAGCGAGUGCUGGAGAGAACCACCUGCCUACGUGUACAGGGACUACAGUGGCAUUCUCUAUCUCAAUGAUGACUUCCAAGGUGGAGGCCUUUUCUUCACUGAACUGGACACUGUGACUGUCACAGCCAAGGUGUAUCCUAAGUGUGGGAGGCUGGUAGCCUUCAGCUCUGGCAAGGAGAACCCACAUGGCGUGUGGGCCGUGAGCCAUGGGAGGCGCUGUGCCGUGGCUCUCUGGUAUACGCACUCCCAGGAGCACGCAGAGCAGGAGAGGGUGAAGGCAGAGGAGCUGAUGGAGCAGAGGGCUGUGGAACAAGGCAAGCCAGACAGACAACUACAUCAGGGAGCCGAUCGCAGCAGCAGGUCCUCAUCAGAGUCCUCCAUGCCCAGUGACAGAGCCAGGCCCACAAGCCGGAGGCACAAACCUGGCUCCAAUGGGGCACAGCGCCCCAAGGAGCUGCGACCCAAGGACGAGUUCUGAGUGCACAGAGUGCUGGGGCAGGACUGGCACGCACAACAGCCUGGCACAUCUCAGUAGUGCUGGCACCACCGAGGCCUGGAGCAGUUUAUUAGCAUGCUAGAGUCAUAGUGAUAGGGAGGGAUGUAGCUUGCUUCUCCGUGACUUCCUAGAAGAUGAAAAAUGGAAGCAGGGACAGCGUAUUAAAGUCAGUGACACCAAGAUCUUUCUUCACUGCCUCGCCGACAUAUUUGUGUCACUUGUCACUUCUUUCAGUGCAAACUUUUUGGUCAUACGGGACCAAACCAAAGAGGAGAAAGAAGGGCCUAGGGGCUUUUGGGAGCAAGGGCUAUCUCACAUUCAGGAAUUCAACACGGAAGCAUCUGAAUGCCCUAGGUACCUGCAAACUCCAGAGCCUUGAGGUUGAAAAGAGAGAGGGAAGGUGGGCAAAUGUGAAUAUAUGGAAUAAAAGCAAAAUGCU